AAAUGGGACACGUUCUAUUCAUGAGAUUGCAUAGGAUAAUUUGUGGGAAAAAGAGGCGGCAAAUGCGUCGAUCACUACUGCUAGUAGUAGUAUAUUCAGAGGCAGCAAGACCUGCAAGAGCUUGGCAGUCAAUGACAAAGCAGGCCCGACGGAGGAAUGCAUGGAGGCCACCUUCCUCGCUUUGCCCGGCCAUUUUUCCUGCACCGCCUGCCUCCUCGGUGUUGCCGAGACAUAAAUUCUGCCGUGUUAUCGCGCCAUUUCUUUAAUCCCAUGCUGACACCUACGAGUGAUGCACAUGCGGAGGUUGCAUCACCCGUUGCACUGCAUGCACUGCCUGUCUUUAUCUUGCAGCCAGGAGACGGUCUCAAGGAAGCAAACCAGAAGAACCAACGCCGGUGCUGAAGCUCAAGCGUCUCAGCUUCUCAGUCUCAGGGGAUACUGCAAGCGGUGGAGAGAACGAUGGCGAUGAAGCGCCGCUCCGUGCUGGCUUUGCUCGUCGUCGCAUUCGUCGGAGGGAACCUGCUCCUCGGGGCCUCGUUUAGCGCCAGAAGCACGGUGAAGUCCUCAGCCUCAGACCCGACCUAUGGAACCGCUGAGCUAAACGGCAGGAGACUAAAGGAAAGUAGGCAUGAUGUUACUGACAGGAAGACUAGGAACUUACAAGAUGUAAAGACUGAUGACUACCAACCUAUCGACCCAAGUCCAAGCUCCAAGGCAAGUAUCAGGCCAGCUCCAAUCGAGCAUGGCACUCCUCUUCUUCCUUAUGUGCCACGGUACCCCCCGCCUCCUGCUCAACCGAAGGAUGCGCGUUCUGCUCAGUCCGCCGCCGCUCCUGUCGCUUAGCUGAAAACUGAAAUGCUCCAGAGGCGGUACUUGAAAAAUUAGAGAACCACCAUAUGUCCAAAGUCUUCUCUGAUGUUAUGUUAUGUGUCGUAUGUGUGUUUACACUAAGUACUUGAAUGGUGCAUGUCCUUUGAUGUCUCAGUGUUUGGAAUCACUUGGUGAGGGACAGUGUUAGCUGUAUCUGUGGGUGGUCAAUUAGUCAACUGCUCUAAUCUUGAGGGCAUGUUUCUAGAUUAGAUCCAGCAUUA